AGGCGUGCAAGAGGCAGCAUGUGUGAGUAUGUGCUGUAACGUGUGUGUGUGUGUGUAGAGUCCAACGCUGCGCCGGAGUCUGGGAGAGACCUCUCUCACUGAUGCAAGGAUUCCCCUGUUCGCUCCCGGAGAGGACACGUGCUGACUGUGUUUUAACCACCACAGGGAAUUAACUGCUCCACACACACACGCAGGAAACACCGGGAGCUGAAGUUAAAGGGCAACCUGACACCACCGUUUGAGGAUGUGUGGAGGAUCAUGCGGUCGGCGAAAGACGUCCCCGCACUGAUGUGGAGAAGCUGGUGAUGCGGCUGCUUAACAACAGUUGAAUCAUGGGAAAUGUGGAGAGUCAGAAUGGUGACAGUGGUUUCUACGGCGAUGUGACGGGACAUCUCUCCCGUAAGCACACGUCCCGGUCGCUCCGUCUCUCGAACAAGCAGCCAGUCACCCGCCGUUCCCGGCAUUCUUCUUCAGUGAAACAGGAACACAGGAACUCUGAAGCCUCAACUCGCUCCUCCAGCACCCCAAGCAUCCCACAAUCCUUAGCAGAGAACGGACUGGAACCUUUCAACGCAACAGAUGCGUUUGAAGACUUUGGCAUCAACCCUCACUGGACACAGCGCGUCGCUAUGACAAUGAGGCCCGAGUCCUAUCAAAACGAUGAUGACCUCUUGGCCACACCAACUCCUGAGACCUCUGAGGCGGACACUGUCGCCCAGGAUGGGGGAGAGGACUCCAUGGGGGAGGGGGAGGGAGACAUCGUCGGUGAGGAGAGGUACCUCCAGCGAAUGACCGAGGGUCCGCGGGAUGGAGGGAGUUUUAAAAAGAAGCGCUCCAAGUCAGCGGACAUGUGGAGAGAAGACAGCCUGGAGUUCUCUCUGUCUGACCUGAGCCAGGAGCAUCUGACCAGCACUGAGGAGAUGAUAGACGGAGGUGAGGAAGAGGAGGAGGAGCAGUUCACACGCCCCAGAGGCAGUGCGGGCUCAGCUGAAAGGGCAUCGUCUCUGGACCAUCUGUGCAGCCAGCAGAGUCCUGGCCUCAGGGGGCAGAGGAGCCGCUACGCUAAGAACCGGAGAGAGGCAGAGUGCGAUGGAGAUGGAGAAGGGGAGGAGGGGUUGAUGUCUCCAACCGAGGAGGAUGGUGGCGGGUACGGAGCAUUCACGCUCCCCUGCCGACGCUCCCACUGCCUGUCUGAGGGCUUGGCAGGGCUUGGCAUCCCAGCUGCACCGUGCCCAGCUUUCCAAGGACGCCGAGCACAAACUACACAGGACAUCUCGGGUGUUUUGGGCGAGGGAAGUGAAUAUGGUGACAGCGGCAUCGAUGGCGUCACCACAGAGAUAGACGGAGAUGGAGAGUUGGUGUCACGGCGAUGUAAGGCCAUGUCGGCCUCUUUCUCGGUAUACUCGGCCACUGAGAGCAGCGUUUUCAACGGGAGCGACAGCGGGAGCAGCAGCGCAGGAGGAGGAGAAGGAAGAGGCGGCGAGGGAGGCAGGGGAGGAGUGUAUGAGAAUUUCAGGAAGGAGCUGGACAAUCAAGCCUGGACACAUCAGGGUCGGGACUGCACGGAGGAGGCUGGCUCCGCCGUGAGCGACGAGCAGAGCAGCGGCACACUCAGCAGUGCAUAUCCGUCGGACGCUCUGAUUGGCUGCGCACAAGGCACGGUCAGGAAAGCAGGAGCGCUGGCUGUGAAGAACUUCUUGGUUCACAAGAAAAACAAGAAGGUGGAACCUGCAACACGGCGCAAAUGGAAACACUACUGGGUCUCUCUGAAAGGCUGCACUCUCUUCCUGUACGAGUCUGAUUGUCGUUCCGGGAUCGACCACAACAGCAUUCCUAAACACGCGCUGUGGGUGGAGAACAGCAUUGUCCAGGCCGUACCCGAACACCCCAAGAAAGACUUUGUGUUCUGCCUCAGCAACUCAGUGGGAGACGCUUUCCUCUUCCAGACUUCAGGCCAGACAGAACUGGAGAACUGGAUCACGGCGAUCCACUCCGCGUGCGCCGCCGCUCUGGCUCGGCAGCACCACAGGGAGGAUACGGUGCGACUUCUGCGAACCGAGAUCCGCAAGCUGGAGCAGAAGAUCGACAUGGACGAGAAGAUGAAAAAGAUGGGAGACAUGCAGCUGUCCACCGUCACUGAUGCCAAGAAGAGGAAGACCAUACUGGAGCAGAUCUUCCUGUGGGAGCAGAACUUGGAGCGGUUUCACAUGGAUCUGUUCCGCUGUCGGUGCUACCUGGCCAGCCUGCAGGGCGGCGAACCCCCCAACCCCAAACGCCUGCUGGGCUUCGCUUCACGUCCCACCAAGCUGGCCAUGGGACGACUGGGCAUCUUCUCUGUCUCUUCCUUCCAUGCACUGGUGUCAGCCCGCACAGAAAGCAGCAUCAGGAAGCGGAACCAGGCCAUGCCUCGCACCUUCAGUAAACGCCGCAGCCGUUUCUCCUCUCUCUGGGGCCUGGACACCACCUCGAAGAGGAAGACCACGGGGCAUCCUUCAAUCAACCAGGUGUUCGUUGAUGGGAUGGCGCCGGCGAGAAAGCCAUUGGAGCGGAUGUCUGAAGACUCCGCCAGUGAGAAAUCUAAGGAGAGAGAGGGCUCAGUGAAAAAUCUUCCUCAGCAAAACGUGGACAGCGACAUUUGGGUUCCUGAUUACCUGACUCCCUCCUGGGUUUGUCUGCCGAACAAUCAGCCUGUCCUGGUCAUCAUACAGCCUGGGGAGACAGCCCUUGAAGUGCUAAGCACCACCUGCAAGACCCAUAAGAUAGACCCCUCCAGCCACUACCUGCGUUUGAAGGUUUGGAUGGACAGCCAAAUACUCUUUUAUGUUCCCAAACUCGAGGAGGACAUCUCUGAUCUGCUCUACAAAGAGAUUGAGGUUUGCCCGAAAGCUACCAAGGUGAUCCGGUUUGACAAAGCCGAGUCCUGCACCAUUGGAUAUGGUUUUUCUGUGGCAGUUAUAGAUGAGGAUGGGACGCAGCAGCUCCAUAUUACUGAAGUGAAAGAAGAGGGACUGGCCUCAGCUAAAGGUUUGAAAGCAGGGGAUGAGAUUCUGUUGCUGAAUGGUAAACCUGCAUCUGCACUCCAAAUGGAUGAUAUGCGGGCUGCGUUUGUAAACCAAGCGUUGACCUUGAGCGUCAGCACCCUGCCUCAGCUGGACCCUCGGGUUCUAUGCUCCCUUCCACCCCGGCGGUCAGACGGGGAUCAGGACCUGGCCAAAGACAUCUUCUCUCAGAGCCAAGAGGACAUCCUGGACGAUGUGUCGGGGUUGACGGUAAAUAGCCCAGAUGACAGUUUGGAGGAAGGACCACGGCUGAUCCUGCAGAGCCCCGGAGGUCAUCAGGAAGACAAAACCUGCACAGGCACUGGACAGAGGAGCACGGAGCAAGUCACUGCUUUCUGCCGCAGUCUCCACGACAUGAAUCCCCUGGAGUGCCCCAUGUCAUCCUCCUCAUCGUCGUCUUCGUCAUCCCUGUCCCCGAGCCCCGUGUCAGCUUUCCCGCCCACAGCAGGCACCGCCACCCAGAGACAGCUCUCCCACGCAGACAAACUCCGCAAGGUCAUCAAUGAGCUGGUGGAGACGGAGAAGACCUAUGUCAAAGACCUGAGGUGCCUAAUAGAUUGCUACCUGACACCUUUGCAGAAAGAGAGCUUCCUUAUGCAGGAUGAGCUGGACGUUUUGUUCGGUAACCUCAGGGAGAUGGUGGAGUUCCAGGUGGAGUUUCUCCAGACGCUGGAAGAUGGAAUCAGACUGGUGCCGGAUCUGGACAGACUGGAAAGAGUGGAGCAAUUUAAGAAAGUGCUGUUCUCCUUGGGUGGUUCGUUCCUGUAUUAUGCCGAUCGCUUUAAGAUCUACAGCGCCUUCUGUGCCAGCCAUACCAAGGUCCCAAAGGUCCUGGCCAAAGCAAAGACCGACCCAGAUUUCAAGGCUUUCCUGGCUGAGAGAAACCCCAGACAGCAACAUUCAUCCACGCUGGAGUCUUACCUGAUCAAACCCAUCCAGAGGGUCCUGAAGUACCCCCUGCUGCUGAAGGAGCUGUACUCCCUCACGGACCCUGAGAGUGAGGAACACUACCACCUGGACGUUGCGAUGAAGGCCAUGAACAAAGUUGCGAGUCACAUCAAUGAGAUGCAAAAGCUUCAUGAGGAGUACGGAGCUGUUUUCGACCAGCUCAUCAAUGAACAGACUGCGGAUAAAAAAGAGGUGGCUGACCUCUCGAUGGGAGAUCUUUUGUUACAUUCUACUGUGGUGUGGAUCAACCCUCCAGCCUCUUUAGUCAAGAGCAAAAAAGACCCUGAUUUGGCUGCUUUUGUGUUCAAAACAGCGGUUGUAUUUGUAUACAAAGACUGCUCCAAGCACAGGAAAAAAAUCGGUGGAUCUCACCGCGCGUCUGUGACUGAUGACAAAGAUCCUUUCCGUUUCCGUCACAUGAUCGCAACAGACUCUCUGCAAGUCCGCGCCCUUGCAAACUCUGAGGGUACGCCAGUGUGCGAGAUAGUUCACACAAGGUCCGAAUCUGAAGGAAGACCCGAGAGAACUUUCCAGUUGUGCUGCAGUUCUCCAGACAGUAAGAAGGACUUCCUGAAAGCAGUCCACUCCAUUCUAAGGGAGAAGCAGCGCCGCCAGCUGCUUAAGACAGAGUCUCUGCCACCCAACCAGCAGUACGUCCCAUUUGGGGGCAAACGUCUGUGUGCCCUCAAAGGGGCGCGGCCCACCAUGAACAGAGCAGCAUCAGCUCCAUCACGAACAUUAGCCCGCAGGAAGCUGGUGAGGAACCGCUUCACCAUCGAUACCGACCUGGUUUUCCAUGGCAACAACAACAACGGCAGCGAUUCGGACCCCUCCCAACACUUGUCCUACCCGCCGCUGUCCCAGCAUGCUCUUCUCCAAUCCCACAAAGCUCAAGGAGAGGACACAGACCGCUGGGUGGAAGAGCAGUUUGACCUGGGUCGCUAUGAAGACCAGGGGGAGGGCAUCGACGCGGGGCAGGUGAAGGAGACGGACAUUCUGAGCGACGACGACGACUACUGCGAGUCAGUCCGAACCGCGUCGGCAGAACCGACCGACCUGGACGGGAAGAUGGAGGGACUCGACCUACAGGGCGGAGAGGUGAGGAGCCAGAGCCUGAACGGGCGAGCGAUGAGUUCGAUGCAGGAGGAUGCAGUUGAUCGAAUAAAGCACGGUGAUGACUCAGGCUCAGUAGACUCCUUUACCUCCUGUGGCGUCUCUCUAUCCCGCUGUGCAACCCCAAACAUAAAGCUCGCCCCCUUGAAGCAGUGUGCUGUGGAAGGGGCCACAAACAAGGACCAUGACGUCAUCUGGGUGCGGCGGGACGACUUUGCCAAUGGGUGCAACAGCGACGUCUUCUGAUUGGGAGUAAGACGAGAUGAAGAACGUGCAAGAACAUGGGAGAGAGACUGGAUACAAGCUUUAAAUAGGAGAAAAUGUGUAUAGAAGGUAUUAAACCUCAGCCAGUCCUUCCUGUAUCCCAACACUCUUCCUCCCACCUCACCUGUAUCUCCCCUGUUCUGACAAUCCUAAAGUACUGACACACUGAGUGAGUAAGGAGAAGUAAAAUGUCCUCAGCUUCGUUUGUUGAGACCGCGAGAUUCUCAUCCUGAACUGCGUCAAAGAGGAACAGAAAGAAUACAGGGUUAUGAACACACACACACACACACACACACCUGUGGAAUUGCAUUUGAACGUAUGAGCAGCACUGCAUGUACACACUAGUAAACAAGCAAGUGUGUCUGUUUACUGUAAGUGCAGAGGAUGCACCGACACGAGAGACUGCAGGCAGCUACUGUACCAUGCACACAUUGUACCGAAGCAACGUCAUCACUGAACCCUGACCUGGUGGCCAGAAAUGUCUAUUUUUCAACACAGGAAUGUGGGUGUUCUAUUUUUUUGACUCAGAAACUGUGUUUGUAUUUCAACACUCAAGGGCUGUGUGUUACUGAACUUCUCUUCAGGGGCUUUUGGCUUAACGACUGCUGUAUAAAAGAUGGUGAGAUCCAACUAGCUUUAUCGUGCUCGUUAUCAUUUUAACUUAAUAUCAGCUGCACAUCGGUGUACAGUCAGGAGGAGGACAGGAGAGUGCUGUGAACCUCUUGUGUGGAAAUGUUUUGAAGCUCACUUUUAUCUCCUAGCAUAUGCUUUUUUGGAAGAUGGCUCGGACCACAGAUGCGUCUACCUAUUCCUUAUUUAAUUAUUGCCUUUUUACUGUCAUGUUUAAUGUUUACACCACGUUCAGCUGCCCAGUGUUACAAACCACCUUUUGUGUGUUUGGUGCCAGAAACAGGCUUGUGAGAGAGCCAGCGCUGCCCUUCACAUGAAUGUCCACUCUUUACUUUUGUUGCUCAAAUAAAAUGCCAUUGCCAUUUUAUUAACUGAUGGAUUCCGUAAGGUCACUAAUAUACUGGACCUUUCUCACCCCUUGUUCUCCAUAUUCUUGAUAUAUUACAUAAUUCCUACAAAAAUCCUGUUUUACUUGAAUUGUCUUUGUUUUGAAAAGAGGUAUUCAACAGAGCCAUGUCAGUGACUGUACCGACUCAUUCAGUCGGCCUGUCGUCUUCUGACCGAUUCAGACUUCUUCUUCUGCUCUCUCCAGCUGCUUUGACCUUUCGUCAGGUCAAGCGGCGUCACAACCACAAAGAAGCUUGCAGAGACAGACUUCACAUCCAUGACAUCAAUCCUGCCUGCGUUUUUUCCUGUAUCCACCAGGCUGUGCUGUUUCACUGUCAUCACAACACCACGCUGAUUGCUGAGAUCAACACAGUCAUGCGCACCUUAAUGGAUGUAUCGAGCACACACUUAAUACCCAACUGUGAGGGGGGCCGGGGGGGUCUGUGAGCUGCUCUGAUUCAGAGUGAGAGGAGAAACGAUACACUUUGGAUGUUGUCUUUUUAUUAUGAUGCUGGUUUCUUAGAGUUUAGCUUACUGGGGUGAUGGUGCCCAGUAAGGACGUUCAGAUUGUGAGGUACAAUCACCUGACCUGGAGGCAAGUCCUGUGAGACCCCCUUUGACUCCUUCCUUUGUACUUUUCAAACUGUGUUCGUACAUAAAACUGUGGAGUAUCAUCAUUUUUAUGUUAAAAUAAAUUUUCUAAAUUUA